AUGUCCGUGGUUUUAGAUUCUGUACCAAAUGAUAACUAUGAGCCAUCUGAAGCGGAAAUUGUUGAAUACGGGAAGUGGCUUGGCAUGCAUUUCCCUGAGGACAAGCCUUUUCUUUGGAUUGCACGCGAAGGUUUGAAAGCUCCCUUACCAGAGCACUGGAAGGCCUGCAGAAGUGAAAAAGGUGAGUUGUACUACUUCAAUUUCAAGAGUGGUGAGAGCAACUGGGAUCAUCCACUGGACGAGCAAUUCAGAGAGCUACUUAAAAGCGAAAAACUGAGUCCUAGUCUGCAAAGUAUUGCCAAUGGGGCGAAAAGGCAGCACAUGGAGGUCAAUACAGAAGGAGAAGCCGUCGUGGAACAAAACGAACCCACGGAAGCUUGCGUGUAUUCCUCAGGAGGAAAAUCAACGAUUCGAGAGUUGAGAACGCUCAAGUUAAAGAAGGAACUUCCAAGUGAUCUUCGUUUGAACCCAAAGGCAGGAGGCAUCUCUAGUUCUGAUACUAGUGAGCGUUGCUUAGAACCCAUUGCAUUGGGGAAAAUAAAGGGAGGUAAAGGUUGCUCUAUCCUAAAACAUACUAGAGAAAGUGUAUCCAGUGAAACAUCAGGCGGAUGCUUGAGUUCUGAAAAAGAGGUUUUUCAAGCGGAUCUUAAUGAUAAGUUAAAACAGUUUCAAGAUGAAAAACUGAAAGAACAUCGAGCGGCAAUAGAUGAGUAUGAGAUGAAACUGAAGGAGUCAUGGCACCGAUAUCAGAAACGGCAAAGUGAAGAAUAUGAAAAAAAGUUAAUUAGUUACAGAGAUGACUUAGAAAGGAAGUUAAUUGAAGAAAAAAAUAUAAUAGAAAAUACGUAUACUGAUAAUAUUCGGAAACUCACCGAGGAGGUUGAAGCUGAUUUGAAAUUGGAGACAAAACGAAUACGCCACUCUUUGAACGAAAAGUAUAAAAGGGAAAAAAAUAAUAUUGAAAAUGAAUGGCAAGAAAAAUUGGAGGAUUUGAGGAAAAGCAAAAUUCUGGAGUUCGAUAGACUGCGUGAUGCAAACCCCCAAGCUCUAAUGGAAUUAAAGCAAGGUGCAGAUGAACUCGGGGAAGCUGCUUUGAGCUUUGUUGACACAUACAAGAAAGCCCAAGACGCAUUUCUUGACAACCUGACAAGUACCAACGCAAGUUUAUCAAAACUAAGCGAAGUGGCACUAUCUAAACUAAUAGGUAGUGCCAGGGAAUCUUACGAUAGUGAACUGAACAUUAUCAAAGACUCGUUUAAAUCAGAAAUAGAAGAUAUGCGGCAGAAAUUUUUGGGGCAGAUCGGGCUAUAUCAAAGAGAAUACGAAUUGUUAUUGCAAGAAAAGGAAAAGUACGAGAAGGAACGUGAGGCGCUAACAAACAGACGAAGCACACUAUCGGAUAAUUCGGCUUUGGGGCAUUGUGUAACGUGUGCGGCGCAGUGGAAAACGCAAGAUUGCCAGCAAUACCCUAAUAGAGAGAGGCUAAUAGAGCAAAAAGGAGACUGCAUUCCGACAAAUAAGGGGGAUCGUGAUCAAGUUGAAAAAGAUACAGUAGGAGUUCGAUCAGAGAAAGAGUUAUUUGAGUCUGUUGUUGCAGAUAUGAAAGAAGCUCAAAGAAAAGAACUGGAGGAUGUUAAGAGAGACCUUAAGCAACGUGCAGAGGAGGAGCUGAAAGCAACCUUGGAUGAGGUUUGGCGGGAAAGGCGCCAUCUACGUCUUGAACCUUCAUGUGAAGACAAGGAUGAGGUAUUCUCCCUCCAAGGUAAUGGAAAUGUUUCUCCCGAUCUGAAGCCGGAGAAGGAAUUGGAGAAGGAGCGUUUUACCAUCGCUUUAUCAGAUAAUACACAGAAGGACAAUCUUACCGCUGUUCUCAUAGAGGCGCUUCGUACAGUGUUUGCCGGUUCACCGUUUAUUCUUCCAGCUCCGACGUCUGGCAGUGCUGCUGCGGUUUCUACUUGUGCCACUGUUUCUGGAGGCGUGCAACAGACCAAUGACAAACCAUGCAGUAAUGCAGCGUCCGUAUCGAUUCCAUGUGAAACUGAGGUAAAAACAAUAAACUCACAAAAGGAUAUUGAUGGAUUUCCUGUUUCGUUUCAGGAGCAAAAAUUACUUCUUGCAGGAGAGCACCAACGAGUUGCUGAAGGGAGAAGAUUUGUGGAUAGGCAGCGCCUUAGUUUGGAGGAGCGACGAUACCAGCUGAAGCUAGCUAAACACCAAUGGAAGCAGGAUGUGAGAGCUGCGAAAGAGGAAGGUAUUCGGGCUUGUUCUAAACGAGGACGAUUACUCAACAACAUUCGUCUGACAUUGGAGAAUCAAGCAAGGGGUCUCGAGCACGACGAAGCCAUUCUUCGCGAUAGUGAGAGAUGGCUGCUGAUGAAGGAGCAAAGUGUUUAUCAGAUGGAGAAGAAGAUCAGUGAAUUAGAAGAAGGAAAAGGGUACGAUACAUCUAUAAACAGUAUUGACACUGUGGCGCUUAUGACCGGUUUUUUUAAGCCAACUAUUGUAUCCUCUGGGUUUUGUUCACGCAAUCUUGGUGCCGUGCAAAGGGUUGCACGCAAAAAGAGUUUAAACCCACUUUACACCAAAACGCUGGGUCAAAUCGCAAGACGUUUAGAGGAGGUUACGUCAAUAAUGAACCGUCAGCAGCAACAACGAAAUCUCCCUUUGCCCUAUGAAAACUUGCCUGGACAAAGGUCUAGACAAAAAUUGUCAAGGGGAACGGAGUUGCAUAUCAGCGAGAGUGCGGCAUUUUGA